CGGGGGCCUGCGAAGCGCCGCUCGGGGCCGGCACUGCCCGCGGGGAGGACGCGCCGCCGCCGUCACCCAGCGCCGCCGCCGCCGCCUCCAGCCGGGCCGCCGCGCGUCCCGGGGGCCGGCCCCGCGAGCGCAGGAGUAAACACCGCCGGAGUCUUGGAGCCGCUGCAGAAGGGAAUAAAGAGAGAUGCAGGGAUUUGUGAGGUUACGGCGCCCCAGCUGCAAGAUGCACUAGCCGGCUGAACCCGGGGAUCGGCUGACUUGUUGGAACCGGCGUGCUCUGCACGGGAGUGUGUGGAUGAGUUGAAGUUGCUUUCCCGGGGCUCGUUUUCCACGCUGCCGAGAGGAAUCCGAGAGGCAAGGAAAUCACUUCGCCUUGCCAUUGAUUGGGCAUCGGGAGCUUUUUUUUUCUCCCCUCUCUUUCUUUUCCUCUGUCUUGUUGCAUGCAAGAAAAUUACAGUCCGCUGCUCGCCCGCCCUGGGUGAGAAAUAUUCAGCCCCGCUUUCUCCCGUCCAUUGUGCAAGCCAAAGAUGAAAGACCGAAGGGGAGAAAGUUAAAGAAAUCGCCCACAUGCGCUGGAUCAGUCCACGGCUUGGGGAAAGGCAUCCAGAGAAGGUGGGAGCGGAGAGUUUGAAGUCUUUACAGGCGGGAAGAUGGCGGACUGGAGCUGAAAGUGUUGAUUGGGAAACUUGGGUGAUCCUCGUGUUUAUUUACAACCCUCUUGACCCAGGCAGGACACAUGCAGGCCAAAAAACGCUAUUUCAUCCUGCUCUCAGCUGGCUCUUGUCUCGCCCUUUUGUUUUAUUUCGGAGGCUUGCAGUUUAGGGCAUCAAGGAGCCACAGCCGGAGAGAAGAGCACAGCGGUCGGAAUGGCUUGCACCACCCGAGUCCGGAUCGUUUCUGGCCCCGCUUCCCGGACGCUCUGCGCCCCUUCGUUCCUUGGGAUCAAUUGGAAAACGAGGAUUCCAGCGUGCACAUAUCCCCCCGGCAGAAGCGAGACGCCAACUCGAGCAUCUACAAAGGCAAGAAGUGCCGCAUGGAGUCCUGCUUCGAUUUCACCCUUUGCAAGAAAAACGGCUUCAAAGUCUACGUGUACCCGCAGCAGAAAGGGGAGAAAAUCGCCGAAAGUUACCAAAACAUUCUAGCGGCCAUCGAGGGCUCCAGGUUCUACACAUCGGACCCCAGCCAGGCGUGCCUCUUUGUCCUGAGUCUGGAUACUUUAGACAGAGACCAGUUGUCACCUCAGUACGUGCACAAUUUGAGAUCCAAAGUGCAGAGUCUCCACUUGUGGAACAAUGGUAGGAAUCAUUUAAUUUUUAAUUUAUAUUCCGGCACUUGGCCUGACUACACCGAGGACGUGGGGUUUGACAUCGGCCAGGCGAUGUUGGCCAAGGCCAGCAUCAGUACUGAAAACUUCCGACCCAACUUUGAUGUUUCCAUUCCCCUCUUUUCUAAGGAUCAUCCCAGGACAGGAGGGGAGAGAGGGUUUUUGAAGUUUAACACCAUCCCUCCUCUCAGGAAGUAUAUGCUGGUCUUCAAGGGGAAGAGGUACCUGACAGGGAUAGGGUCAGACACCAGGAAUGCCUUAUAUCACGUCCAUAACGGAGAGGACGUGGUGCUCCUCACCACCUGCAAGCAUGGCAAAGACUGGCAAAAGCACAAGGAUUCUCGCUGUGACAGAGACAACACCGAGUAUGAGAAGUAUGAUUAUCGGGAAAUGCUGCACAAUGCCACUUUCUGUCUGGUUCCUCGUGGUCGCAGGCUUGGGUCCUUCAGGUUCCUGGAGGCUCUGCAGGCCGCCUGUGUCCCUGUGAUGCUCAGCAACGGAUGGGAGCUGCCCUUCUCUGAAGUGAUUAAUUGGAACCAAGCCGCCGUCAUAGGCGAUGAGCGAUUGUUAUUACAGAUCCCUUCUACAAUCAGGUCUAUUCAUCAGGAUAAAAUCCUAGCACUUAGACAGCAGACACAAUUCUUGUGGGAGGCUUAUUUUUCUUCAGUUGAGAAGAUUGUAUUAACUACACUAGAGAUUAUUCAGGACAGAAUAUUCAAGCACAUAUCACGUAACAGUUUAAUAUGGAACAAACAUCCUGGAGGACUGUUCGUACUACCACAGUAUUCAUCCUAUCUGGGAGACUUUCCUUACUACUAUGCUAAUUUAGGUUUAAAGCCCCCCUCCAAAUUCACUGCGGUCAUCCACGCGGUGACCCCCCUGGUCUCCCAGUCCCAGCCAGUGUUGAAGCUUCUCGUGGCUGCCGCCAAAUCCCAGUACUGUGCCCAGAUCAUAGUUCUAUGGAAUUGUGACAAGCCCCUACCAGCCAAACACCGCUGGCCCGCCACGGCUGUGCCUGUCAUCGUCAUUGAAGGAGAAAGCAAGGUUAUGAGCAGCCGUUUCCUGCCCUAUGACAACAUCGUCACAGACGCUGUGCUCAGCCUCGAUGAGGACACUGUGCUUUCAACCACUGAGGUGGAUUUUGCCUUCACCGUGUGGCAGACCUUCCCUGAGCGGAUCGUGGGGUACCCCGCGCGCAGCCAUUUCUGGGAUAACUCUAAGGAGCGGUGGGGGUACACGUCCAAGUGGACGAACGACUACUCCAUGGUGUUGACGGGAGCUGCUAUUUACCACAAAUAUUAUCACUACCUGUACACCCAUUACCUGCCAGCCAGCCUGAAGAACAUGGUGGACCAACUGGCCAACUGUGAGGACAUUCUCAUGAAUUUCCUGGUGUCUGCUGUGACAAAAUUGCCUCCAAUCAAAGUCACCCAAAAGAAGCAGUAUAAGGAGACAAUGAUGGGGCAGACUUCUCGGGCUUCCCGCUGGGCUGACCCUGACCACUUUGCCCAGCGACAGAGCUGCAUGAAUACGUUUGCCAGCUGGUUUGGCUACAUGCCGCUGAUCCACUCGCAGAUGAGGCUCGACCCUGUCCUCUUUAAAGACCAGGUCUCUAUCCUGAGGAAGAAAUACCGAGACAUUGAGCGACUUUGAGGAAUCCAGCCAAGUGGGGGAGGGGAAGCGAGAAGGGACGGGGUCAAGCUGCUCUCUCUUCCCAGUGCAGAUCUGCUCAGCAGCGGAGCCAGAUUGUGCCAAGUAUCCAAAUAAUCUAAGAUGAACAGAAUGAUAAAAAAAGAAGAAGGAAAAAAAGAAAAAAAAAAAAAUAGGCCAAUGAAAAUUCGACUCCUGGCUCCGGGGACUGCACAGGACUGCUCCAAACUCACCUCACUGGCUUCUAUGUCCCAAGACUAGGUUGUGUACAGUUUAAUUAUGGAACAUUAAAUAAUUAUUUUUGAAAUGAUUGCUAUGCAGGUUUAAACUUUUUUAAUGAUCAAAACUAUUAAAAACCAGAGUUCUUUCUUUAAUCAAAA